UGUUGCAGUUUAGAAAGAUGGCAUCUACCAGUUUGGGAGAGGAGAUAAACUGUUCCAUCUGUAUGAACAUUUACACGGACCCUGUAACGCUGAGCUGUGGACAUAACUUCUGCUUGGACUGCAUUAAGAGAACGUGGGACUAUCAGGAAGAAGGGGAGUCUUCCUGUCCUGAAUGUAGACAGAGAUUCAGAACACGACCCAAACUCAAAGUUAACUGGAAGUUAAGAAACAUUGCCGAUCGCUUACGUUCACCUCAACCAAUGCCAAAGAAUAACAGAACCUGUACCUAUUGUGAUGGUGUGGCAGCCAAAACAUGUCUACAGUGUGCAAUCUUUCUUUGUGAGAAACACCUAAGCAUCCACAACACGUCAGCGGGUCACGACUUAACAGAACCCACAAGUUUACUGGAGAAUAGGAGAUGUACAGUUCACAAUGAGCUUGUGAGAUAUUUCUGCACAGAACAUGCUACCUGUAUCUGUGUGUCCUGUUCAGUCUCGAAUGAACACAGGGGUCACCAGGUGGAAUCACUCAUGGAUGCCUUUAAGAAGAAGAAACUGGAUUUGAGAAAAGUCCUGGGAAAACUAACUACAAAGAGAAAGGAGACUGAGCAGAGAGUUUCCAACUUGAAGGAGCACAAGAAGGAAAUCGAAGAAAAAGCUAAAGGUAUAGAGCUAAGAGUCACUGUCUUAAUUAAGGACAUAAAAGAACAACUGGACAAUCUAGAGAAGAAAGCUCUGAGUGAGAUCUCCAGGCAAAAAGGACAGGUUCUCACCCACAUCUCUGAUCUCAUUCAACAGCUAGAAAUGAAGAGAGACGAGUUGUUUGGAAAGAUCCUUCAUAUUGAAGAGCUGUGCAACAUGAACGAUCCAUUUACUGUCUUGCAGGGGCAGGAAUCAGAAAGAGCUGCUUUUUGUGAUGCAGAGAAGGUAGAAGUUGAGGACAGAGAGAGGGAUGAUGAAAGAGGCCAUGCUACGGUCAACCUGGAUGAGAUUCUAAUCUCAAUGACCUUACAAACUACCUUUGCUGAUUGUGUAACUAGACUAAAAGCAAAGAAUUUGUUAUUUUUGCCUUCAAUGCCAGACCUUGAACUGGAUAUACAUACUGCUGCUAAUAACAUUGUAAUAUCCAGAGACUUAAAGAAGGCCACUUGGACAUUGAUGAGCCAAUGCCACCCACGAACAUCAAACAGGUUAGAGACUUGUCAGGUUUUAAGCACCAAUAGUAUAUCCUCAAAGCAAUAUUACUGGGAGAUAGAGACCAGUGACUCUGGAGAAUUCCAUAUCGGGAUUAGCUAUUCUAAUCUAAAAAUGGAUGGGACCAUCAUUGGGUUUAACAGGAAUUCCUGGUGCUUACGACUGUCUGAAAACAAUAUUGUAGCCAUCCAUGACUCUAAGGAAACAUUGUUACAUACUGAGACUUCCUGUAAGAGAUUAGGUUUAUACUUGGACUAUGAGGCCGGGUGUCUAUCAUUUUACCAGCUGUGCGGUUCAAUCAGAUUCUUACAUACCUUCAAGACCACCUUCACUGAACCACUUUAUGCCAUGUUUUAUAUAUUUAAUGGUUGGAGAUCGAUGAAGAAAGCAGUACGCGGCUCGAUAGCUCCCACUUAUGGCUGCAGCUUCUGUUGUUCAGUACAGGCUUUCAAACAAAUUACUAAAAUGGAGCAACUUAAUUCUGCCCAAAAAAAGGACUCUGAGAUCACCUGCUCAUUUUGUGUGCAUUCUUCUGUAUCUGCUGUUAAAACAUGUCUGCACUGUGAGGCCUCUCUCUGCGAGGAACAUGUGAGGAUUCAUAGUAAAUCCAACGAGCACGUGUUGGUUGAACCCAGUACGCCGAUACAAGAAAGAAAAUGCUCAAUUCACAACAAACUGAUUGAGUUUUAUUGCAAUAAGGAUGGAGCUUGCAUCUGCGUGUCCUGCUGUAUCGUCGGAGACCACAAGGGUCAUGAGAUGGAUCAAUUACCAGUGGCGUUUGAGAAGAAUAAGGUAAAGCUAGAGAAUAUCCUGACCGAUUUGACUGCAUCGAGAGUGGAAACGGAGAAAAGACUUGAGAAACUGGAAGAGAAAAGGAGAGAUGUGCAGGAAGAGGCAGCUGGCGUAACAAAGCGGGUCAGUACGCUGUUUAAUGACAUUAGAGGACGUCUGGAUGAACUAGAAAAGCAAGCCUUUAGUGAGAUUACCAGGCAAGAACAGCAGACCACUCUUCGGGUGGCCAACCUGAUAAAGCAACUGGAAUCAAAGAAGAAUGAGAUGUCAGACAAGAUCUGUAAAAUCGAGGAACUGAAAAAAAUUACAGACCCGUUAACUGCCCUGAAGAACAGUUUUAAUGAGGAGAAGAAGCGCAGGGGGUCUCGCAAGAUGAGUGAAACUGACACUGAUGCUAAACUGGUUGGUCAUCUAAAUGAAGUUUCACUCUCCUUCAUGCUUCAAAUGGGGCUUCAAAGCUUGGCAGGUAGUCUGCUCCCACUAAAGGCCAAGCAGCAGUUUCCAGACGUGAAACCUACAGAGGUGACCUUGGAUGUAAAGACCGCCCACAAUAAAAUAAUCAUAUCAAGUGACCUUAAAACCGCAACCUAUACAGCUACACCUCAAAAGUAUCCGGAUGGACCAGAGAGGUUUAGGACAUGUCAGGUCCUAAGCAGUCCGGGAUUUUCAUCGGGACAGCAUUACUGGGAAGUGGAUGUCAGCCAAGCGAAGAGGUGGAUUGUAGGAGUCGCCUGCGAAAGUAUACAAAGAAAAAUAGCUGGAAACGAUUCUUUUAUUGGAUAUAACAACAAGUCGUGGAGUCUAUUUUUCCAGAACUACCUCGGAGUAUCUCAUAACAACGUACAACAAACUGUAGUCUCCGACACUCCUGUGCAGGCCCUCGGCAUAUACCUGGACUAUGAUGCUGGUCAGAUGUCCUUCUUUCAACUUGGUGAAACUCUUCAUCUCUUACACACUUACUCUGCCACCUUCACUGAGCCUCUUCAUCCUGCGUUCUUUAUAUUCGAAGGCAGCUCGAUCCGAAUUAAAAGUUAAACACAAUGAUAGAGAAAUCUUUUCCUUCAGAAUAGAUGAACCAGGAUUUUUUUUUAUACACAUAUCAAAAUGAUACAAGGUUAGUCUUAUAAAAUGGAAUUAGUGGUAGAUAAUUUGUUAGUGAGCAAGUACGUUGCAAGUGCUUCAAGUUUUGUUUCACGUUU